GAGGUGCGCUUUCGUUGAUUCUCAAGGACCGCGCGAACACUGAAUUUGCGGUUUAUAAUGUCAACGAGUGACUUUUAUUUGAGAUAUUAUGUCGGGCACAAGGGCAAGUUUGGACACGAGUUCUUGGAAUUUGAGUUUAGACCUGACGGUAAGUCAGGCGGCAAUUUGACUAAUUAGCAACAUUAGCCAGCUAGCUAUGCAUGCAAACGACUGCUUGCUAGCGGCAUUUCUUCAUCUCUUUUAGCGCAAUUAGCUAGUUUUUGUAGUCGUGUGUUCAGUUAUAACAUGGCCUCAGAAAUACUUCAUUUGCAUAGUUAACCAUAGCCUCACUCAUCUAUUUUAUCCAGAUAGCUAUGUAGCUGGUUAGCAAACUAAUGUAUCCAAAAGUGGCGCAGUGGUCUAAGGCACUGCAUUGCAGUGCUAGCUGUGUCACUAGAGAUCCUGGUUCGAAUCCAGGCUCUGUCGUAGCCGGCCGUGACCGGGAGACCCAUAGGGCGGCGCACAAUUGGCCCAGUGUCGUCCAGGGUAGGGGAGGGAAUGGCCGGCAGGGAUGUAGCUCAGUUGGUAGAGCAUGGCGUUUGCAACGCCAGGGUUGUGGGUUCGAUUCCCACGGGGGGCCAGUAUGAAAAAAAUAAUAAUAAUGUAUUCACUCACUAACUGUAAGUCGCUCUGGAUAAGAGCGUCUGCUAAAUGACUAAAAUGUAAAUGUAAAAUGUAAAAAGGCUUGAUUCGUUUACAGUAGGUUUAAAAACUUAUGUGAACUAACUAGUUACAAGAAAAAACUACUCAGUGCAUCAAUAGCAGUGUAUCAGCAUUCACAACAAACGUGACGAUAACGCAAUGAAUGUAACUAUCUUUUCAGGUAAGCUGAGGUACGCGAACAACAGCAACUACAAGAAUGAUGUCAUGAUCAGAAAAGAGGUAACUUAUCAAACUUACACUGAACAAAGAUAUAAACGCAACAUGCAACAAUUUAAAAUAUUUUACUGAGUUAGUUCAUAUAAGGAAUUCAGUAAAUUCAUUAGGCCCUAAUCUAUGGAUUUCACAUGGCUGGGAUUACAGAUACCUUAAAAAAAGGUAGAGGCUUGGAUCAGAACCAGUCAGUAGCUGGUGUGACCACCAUUUGCCUCAUGCAGUGCGAUACAUCUCCUUCGCAUUGUUGAUCAGGCUGUUGAUUGUGGCCUGUGGAAUGUUGUCCCACUCUUUAAUGGCUGUGCGAAGUUGCUGGAUAUUGGCGGGAACUGGAACAUGCUGUUGUACAUGUUGAUCAAGAGCAUCCCAAACAUGCUCAAUGGGUGACAUGUCUGGUGAGUAUGCAGGCCAUGAAAGAACUGCUUCCAGGAAUUCCAGGAUCCUUACGACAUGGGGCUGUGCGUUAUCAUGGUGAAACAUGAGGUGAUGGCGGCGGAUGAAUGGCACGACAAUGGGCCUCAGGAUCUCGUCGCGGUAUCUCUGCAUUCAAAUUGCCAUCGAUAAAAUGCAAUUGUGCUCAUUGUCCGUAGCUUAUGCCUGCCCAUACCAUAACCCCACCACCACCAUGGGGCACUCUGUUCACAAUGUUGACAUCAGCAAACCCCUCGCCCACACAACGUCAUCUGCCUGGUACAGUUGAAACCGGGAUUCAUCCGUGAAGAGCACACUUCUCCAGCGUGCCAGUUGCCAUCGAAGGUGAGCAUUUGCACACCUAAGUCUGUUACGACGCCGAACUGCAGUCAGCUCAAGACCCUGGUGAGGACGACAAGUCAGAUGAGCUUCUCUGCGACGGUUUCAGACAGCUGUCAGAGUGACUGACCUCAGACAAUCCCGCAGGUGAAGAUGUUGGAUUUGGAGGUCCUGGGCUGGCGUGGUUACACAUGGUCUGUGGUUGUGAAGCCGGUUGGACCUACAGCCACAUUUUUCUAAAAUUACAUUGGAGGCAGCUUAUGGUAGAGAAAUGAACAUUCAAUUCAAUGCAACAGCUCUGGUGGACAUUCCUGCCAUCAGCAUGCCAAUUGAACGCUCCCUCAAUCUGAGGCAUUGUGUUGAGACAAAACUGCACAUCUUAGUGGUCUUUUAUUGUUACCAGCACAAGGUGCAUCUUGGGUAAUGAUCAUGCUGUUUAAUCAGCUUUUUGAUUUGUCACACCUGUCAGGUGGAUGGAUUAUCUUGGCAAAGGAGAAAUGCUCACUAACAGGGAUGCAAACAAAUUUGUGCACAACAUUUGACAAAUAAGCUUUUUGUGCAAAUGGAAAGUUUUCUUGAAUCUUUUAUUUUAGCUCAUGAAACAUCGGACCAACACUUUACAUGUUGCAUGUUAUUUUUUUUUCAGUAUACAAAGGACUUCUUGGUUACAUCGAUCUGUGUACGGCCCAUCAAUCCAAUUUCUAUGUGAUGCUGCUUAAAGCUGUUGAAUAUGCCAUCGAUACCUUAUUGUGAUUGUUCUCCACUACAGGCGUACGUACACAAAAGUGUGAUGGAGGAACUGAAGAGGAUCAUAGACGACAGUGAGAUCACCAAGGAAGACGAUGCACUGUGGCCACCCCCAGACAGAGUGGGCAGACAGGUCUGUCCAUUCACUCACACAUACCUAAAUAAAUACUGAUACUUGCACAAGCAUGGAGGAUGUUGAGGAAACCACAGCGUUUCUUACUUAUUGUACUCUUGGCAAUGUCUAGCCAAGCCCGUUUACUUACAGUGAUUUUAGCCCUCUUGGGGUUGUGACCUCGGUCAUGUCCGCAUCAGACUUCAACAAAUCUGUCCAACAAAAGAAAUUUAACCAGUGUUCAAUUCUGACCCUUUCAGCACAAGAUGGGACCCGGGCACAACCCCAGAAAGUUACAAUGAUUUAGUAAAAUGUUUUAUUUUCACGGCUUGAAUUACUGAUGGUGUCUGGGGAGAGUCUUAACUUUUCUGAACUCUUAGGAGCUGGAGAUCGUCAUUGGGGAUGAGCACAUUUCCUUCACAACUUCCAAGAUUGGUUCCUUGAUUGAUGUCAACCAGUCAAAGUAAGUAAUAAUACUACCUCAAAUGAUCUGGGCACACUCGGAAGGAUAUAUUUCUCCAAUUUCCAAAUGGACCCCUAGCCUGUAUUUCCUAGUCACUGGUUGAGAACUGAGGAUUUCGUAGAUGUAAGCAGAAUGGUGUAAAUCAUACCUAACUUACACCUAUGUAAUGCUCUCAGUUCUGCAUAGUCGGGUUGAUGUGGAAUUGGGUGCCAGCUUCUUUAAAAAAAAUUCCAUAUGUUUUCCAGGGACCCAGAAGGCCUCCGCGUGUUCUACUACCUGGUCCAGGAUCUGAAAUGUCUUGUCUUCAGUCUCAUCGGACUACACUUCAAGAUCAAGCCCAUCUAAGAGGAAUGGAUGGUUUCUUUUCUGUUGGAAAAUGUUUUCUGUUUGCGCCGAUUACAACAUUUGUACAUUUGCUUUUGAUCGAUCUGUUAUUUUUUUUAUUUUAAAUAAAUGAUUGGGAAAAUGCCUUGGUUAUCUAUACAUUUUUAAAGUGUUACUUACUGGAA